AUGCGUGCCAAACUUUGGUUUGCUUCGGUGCCGUGUCAUAAUCAGAUCCUUUGGCUUGGCGAUUCAUCGGCAUUCGUACGAGCUUCGGGGUGGGGGCGAGGGCCACCACCGGCAACUGUGCCACGACAACUCGAUCUAAUCAUAACCACCAUAAAGGUAAACGAAUCCAAUCAAUCUGUUAGGGAAUCGAAGCUAUAUACGACAAAUAUGUAA